AUGUAUGCAUCUCCAUCAUGUGAAGCAGACUCGCUGAGAAUUAUUGACUUUGGAUUUGCUAAGCAGUCCCGAGCUGAAAAUGGAAUGCUCAUGACACCAUGCUACACAGCUCAAUUUGUUGCCCCUGAGGUUCUGAAACGACAAGGAUACGAUAGAUCUUGUGAUGUUUGGUCGUUAGGAGUCUUACUGUAUGCAAUGUUAUCGGGACAAACGCCGUUUGCUAUGGGACCGAAUGAUCCCGCGGACGAGAUUCUGAAACGUGUCGGAGAGGGACGAACACCAUUUGCCAUGGGACCAAAUGAUCCGGCGGACGAGAUUCUGAAACGUGUCGGAGAGGGACGAGUUGUCAUGGAAGGCAAACCUUGGACCGAGAUCAGUGAUAGUGCCAAAGAUCUUGUCCGCAAACUUCUUGACGUUGAUGCGUCGAAGAGGCCCACAGCCAAACAGAUUCUCCAACAUCCUUGGAUCACUCAUCGCAACAGCAUUCCAGCAAAUACCAUCAUAAAUAAUGUGUACAAUGUGGAAUCUGUGAAGGGUGCAUUGGAGCAAACUUAUCGUGCAUUGACCACCACAAGUGCCGUAAAUUUACGUCCG